CUUCAACCGUUCAAUAAUUGACUGGUGCCGUCACAACUGUAGCAAGCAUGGCGUGGGGUAAGAAAGCUGGCGUGGAUGACCUGCUGCAGAAGCUCACGAACCCCAAGACGGCCAAGAGCCUCUAUGUGAUGAGCACACGCUCCAUCAGCGACUCGGAUUUUGUCAAAUUGGCCUCGUCCAUCAGCAGCAACACUUUACUGGAAGAGCUUUAUCUGUCCGGUCACCAGGUGGGACCCCUUGGACUACAGGCCUUUGCCGAUUGUUUGGCUGUAAACACGACGCUUAAGCACUUGAGUCUCGGUUCGGAGAAGCUCGGAGAUGAAGCUGUGCAAGUUCUAUGUGCUGGUUUGGCUCGCAAUGCCCAGUCGGGACUCCAGAACUGGGACUUGGAGUUCAAGUCGCUUGGCGUGAACGGCGCUGCGGCUAUCGCGGAGCUGCUGAAGACUAACAAGUCGUUAACGACUGUAUCGCUAUCCCGUAACCAGAUUGGAGACGAAGGAGUCGAGAAACUAUCUAAGGGAUUGAGGGAGAACUCUCAGUCGGGAGUCAAGGAGUUGAAUGUGACGGUGGUCGGGAUUUCAGGUGCUGGACUCGACCACUUGGCUGCUCUUGUGGAGAGCGAGAGCUGCUCGUUAUCGACGAUUCAAUUGUCGUUUAACGCACUGGAGAGCGCAACGUCAACGUUCUUUAAUGCGCUGGCGAAGAACAAGUCGGUGACGAAGUUACAGCUUAAGGAGUGCAAGUUACGGGAUCAGCAUGUAGCUGCUCUAUCCGAUGCUUUAAAGCAGAAUACGGCGUUGAUGGAGAUCGAUUUGUCGGACAAUGAGUUGACACCGAGUGCGUGUGCUUCACUGGCUGAAGGUCUUCGUGAGAACAAGACGCUGCAGACUCUGCGUAUCAACAACAACAAGUGUCUGGAUGAAGGCGCUGUGCUUCUUGCUGAUGUGUUGGAGGCGAAUAACACGACACUGACGUACCUGGAUAUGGGCAACAACGGACUUACCAGUGUCGGUAUGACGCCGUUACUCAAGGCUCAGUCGCUCACGCAGCUUCACCUGUUCAACAACAAGCUGGGUGAGCAAUUGAGUGAGUUAUUACCUACAUUGCUGGCCAAUUCAGUCAUUGAAACGUUUGGCAUUGGUGCCAACCAGUUGCACGAGGCUCUCAGCGUCACGAUGUUCGAUGCGCUGCACUCGCAUCCGUCUUUGAAGACGCUGGAAAUGGGAGGAAACACACUCGGUAAAGAUGGACACGAUGCUCUCGACAGGCUGAAGGAGGCGAACCGUGGACUGGAUGUUGCUGUCGACAAGAACGCGCAAAACGAGGACGGUAGCUUUGAUUUCCAGAACCAGCAGUAGAGUGCUCUACUGUAGUCCUGUAUAGUUAAAUAGAUGGACGCAACAGUGGUUGCUGUCCUGGACAACGGCAAAUAUUUGGAGCGGCGCUGUCGCUUUCGUCGUACUUACUUAAUCUCCAAUUUGCUUCGUGCUGUUCA